GUCAUGUAUUACUAAACAACAAUUAAACGGGAGGUUUUCCGAGAGAACGGUAUGAAUACAAUUGGAAUUCCGUCAAAAGGGCAUUUCAUACGCUGAAGCUGUACAUGUCGGUAGUGUCAAGGAAAUAUCUUCAUAGUAACAAAUGUAUGGGCAGCCUUUCCAUGCUGACAGUUACUUUAGAAUGAUUUAAUCACUGCGUGAGGGCGACGUGAUAUGCCUAAUACAAUAAGAAAUCAUUAGUAAACGUCACAUUAUGAUAUUCAUGAGAUAUACAUGAAGAUAAACUCUGGUUCUCUCAUAACUUGAUUUAACAGAUAUCAGAACUACAGGCGCCAUGGCCGGACGACAAGAAGGGAAGCGCGUGCUGUACGGUCUUCUUAAGAACACUCGGUGUUACUUGUGUCGUAAUGAGUUUAAGGACCCUCGUGAACUGGACUGUUGUCACGUGUAUUGUAAGACAUGUCUGGACGGUUACAUCGACAGUGUCUGUCCAGACGGGACGAUAGACUGUCCGCUUUGUGAUACGGCGACUCGUACUCCAGAACAAGGUGCUGAGGGCAUCAAGAGAAAUUUGUACCUCAAUCUUGGAACUACUACUGUGGGCAUCACCUGUGAUGUAUGUAACGAUAACCAAUAUGCGAUCGGAAGAUGUGUCGAGUGCGCACAGGAUUUCUGCGAGAAUUGUUUCAAUUACCAUAACAACAUCAGGUCGACUCGCGAACAUCACAUUGCAACUAUUGGCAAGGACCAUCUUCAAGGAAAGUUGGCAAGAGAUGUGUACUGUGAAAUACACGUAGACGAGAAGAAGACGUAUUAUUGUAUUGACUGUGAGAAGCUUGUAUGUCAACAUUGCAAUAUGACGAAACACAAACUGCAUAUGUCCAGAGUCGCCACGGAAAUGUCCGACAACUUCCGAGAGCAACUUACGAAACUCGUAGAAUCCGACGAAUUUGCCAACCAUGUGUUUUGGAUGACUGAUAGAAAAGCCGAAACAACACAACACAUCAAGAAACUGGAGAGUGCAGAGGAUUUGGCGAUGAGGGAAAUAAACAACCACGCCAAGGUUUGGCACGCGCUGGUCGAAGACACGAAAAAGACCAUGUUGAGGCAAGCCAGGGAGGAGGCAAGGAAGGGCAUAGCUCCCGCUAAAAAUAUCGGUAAGAAAUUAGAAACCAAUAUACAAUCCUUCGCCAAUGUAUAUCUUGUGGCACAUGCAGCAAUGAAACAGUCAGAUGACGUGGAGAUUGUUGAAAGUGGACUGAAGUUACAGAGAAAACUGACAAGUUUGAAACUGGAGGGACCUGUUCGCGCUAUCUCAAAAAAUGCAGGUAUUCAGUUUCAUUCAAAAGUCAUGGCUGCGGAAGAAUUUCUGCCUCAAUUCGGUCAUAUAGGAGCUGCAGUUCCUUAUCAGUCAAAACCUCGACUGUUAUCCCAAUUUUGUACAAAGACGGCUGGUGCGCCCGUCUCCGCCAUCUCUUACGCUGCGGACGGCCGCGCCUGGAUUAUUGAAGGGAUAGAUGGCAAAAUUAAUUUAUACGAUGGCAGGGGAAGAGUGCACCAGAAGUUCAACUUGAACCUCCCUGCGGACGACUUAAUCUGCGGGCCGGACAACAAGACAUACGUGUCGUGUAACUCCGCCAAAAAAAUUGUGGAAGUAGACGAGGCCUUCCAAACGUCUGUUGUGACUUACACGGAUAUGUGUUCAAGAGGCAUCGCGUUUGACCGAAAUCAGAAUGCACUCGUUAUCUGUUUAACUGAGAAAAAUGCCUUUUAUGAUUAUGAAAAUCACCAUAACAACAGAGUCGUUAAAAAGAUUGUGAACGGCGAAAAAAGAAUGGAAACACCAAAUAUAUUGUCUUUUGCUGGGUCGCCUUUGGUCGAGUACCCAGCACGUCUUGCGGUUACAAAAUCUGGAUUUAUUGCUAUUUCUGACUGGAAGAGAAACUGUGUAACGAUAUUGAACGACAAAGGGCACGUGGAAACGGAGUAUUUCAGUCUUCGGAAGGCUAACAUAUCAGAUUCUGACAUUUUCUGUCCAAGAGGUAUAUGCUGUGACAGCGAGGGCAGGAUUCUUGUGGCGGAUUUUAACAACCAUCGAAUCAUGAUUCUGGACGAAACUGGACAUACGUUCUUGCCAAUACUGACCACCGAGAACGGAAUCUAUCAUCCAUGGUCAGUCAAUUGUGGCAAUGAUGGUCUGGUGUGGGUAGGAAACAAACAUGGCGAGGUCAAAGUUUACAGCGUAACCUUCGCGGGUAACGACAAGUGACGUUGUUUAUUUCGGGGACGUUGGACAGAAGACGGGAUUACCCGCCAAAAUGUCAUUUCUCUCCCAUAGAAUCCGCUCUUUGACCACUGAGUACUGUCUGACAUUAAUAAGGAUCAUCAAUUAUUGGUGUUUAGGGAAUAGUAUCAACUUACAUAUUAGACGAACCAAGGUCUUACAUUAUACAUUCAUGUCCGGUUCGGUGAAUGCUGGGUAACGCCGGUAAUGUAUAUAUUUAUAGGGAGAAUAGUAAUAUAAUAACAAUUGUACUGUAAUCACUUUUUGUAAAUAGCUGCUGAGUAACAUGGAGCGGAACUCUCGGUCGAUUUUAAGGUCCAUUCUUGUUUUGAUGCAUUGGUCAAUUAUUUAAAAGGCCUUAUAACGACAAUGAAGCUGGCGGACUUGCAUGUUAUGUAUCAGGUAUUGAAAUGUAAAUUUUUAAGAUCGCCCGAAUGAAAACAAGAACACAAAUUCAACCAAUUUCGAAAAUCUAUGCAUCGAGGCCAGGAUCAGUUAUCGUUAAUGGCAUUAAAACUUUAUAUAUGAGAGAAUGUGUUUGAUGCCUCAACGGUGGUAUACUCGUAUAUAUAUUUUUAAAUAUAAAUACCAUC